UUGUAUUGAUUUCUUCCAGUUAAAUCUGGCCCAUAUCCCUGAUAUCCAAAAUUUCUCCUCAAAACUAGUUCUUAGUUAAUUAAAACUUUGAUCAGAGUUCGUCAUGGCAGCGAAAAUUCAAGAAGCCCAGGAACAUUGCAGAGCCGCAGAAAAAUACCUUAAGACGUCUUUCCUCCGAUGGAAGCCAGACUACGAUUCGGCGGCGGACGAAUACAACCAAGCAGCUCAAUGCUACCGGAUUGCCCGGGACCUCGGGAACUCUAAAGAGUGCCACCUGAAGGCCUCUGAGAACUACAAUAAGCACAAGGCGUUCUUCCAUGCCGCGAGGGCUCUGGAGAACGCCAUACUGGUCAGCAAGGAGACCAGUUCCCCUGAGGAGGUGUAUAACCUGGCUACAGAGGCAGCCAGCCUGUACCAGCAGCAGGGCUCCGGGGACUCGGCCGCUGCAUGCCUAGGGAAGGCCGCCAAAAUCAUAGAGGAGAGCUCACCGGAGCUCGCUUACAAACUUUUCUCUCAAGCGGCCGAUGUGUCAUCGGGUGAAAGCAGUCAACACCAAGGUGCAGAAUACAUCGGCAAGGCCUCCAGACUUCUAGUCAAGUUGCAAUGGUACGACCAAGCCGUGGACAGUCUUCGGAGGGAGAUUGGUUUCCACCAGGAGGGCGGGAACUCUGGCGCCAUCGGACGUCUCACCGUGGCAGUUGUGCUGGUACAACUAGCCCGGGGGGAUGCUGUGGCAGCGGAGAAAGCGUACAAGGAAUGGGGUAACAACUGCGAAGUGGCCGAAAUGCAAACGAUAGAGCAAUUACUAUCGGCAUACGACGAGGAGGACCGCGAGUCCGCCAAGAGAGCCCUAAUGUCGCCUUUUAUAAGGAGCAUGGACGUGGAGUACGCCAGGCUAGCACAGUUGGUGCCCCUGCCAGAGGCUUUAGAACCCACGCCCAGCGCUGGGAUCCGUGAGAACGCCGCGCCCUCAUACGUCAGUCCCAACGCCUCCAACUAUGAGCGCGCGUCACCCGAAGGGGAUAGUCGGCCCGACAACGCGUCGUACGAAGCUCCCGUGCAGCCUCCGGACGAAGAGGAACUGUGCUAGACACAGACA